CGGACUGACCCCGCGCCGGGGGAGGAGCAGCCGCCGCUGCCUGUAGCCCGUCACCAUGGACCCCCCAUCCCUGGACGCAGCCAUCCAGAACGCCCUGGCAGGCCUCUAUCCCCCGUUUGAGGCCACAGCGCCCACUGUCCUGGGCCAGGUGUUCCAUCUCCUGGAUUCUGACUUCCGAGGGGAUGGGCUGCGCUUCCUCUUGGAUUUCCUGAUCCCUGCCAAGCGCCUGUGUGAGCAAGUACGCGAAGCAGCCUGUGCCCCCUACACACACUGCCUCUUCCUGCAUCAGGGCUGGCCGCUGUGCCUGCAGGACAAGGUUGUGGUCCACCUGGCCCCCCUCAACCCCCUCUUAUUGCGCCAAGGUGACUUCUACCUUCAAGUUGAGCCCCAGGAGGAGCAGUCCGUCUGCAUCAUGAUCAAGUGCCUCUCCUUAGACCUCCGCACAGUGGACAUGAAGCCUGUUCCUGCGUCAUCCUACUCCACACUUUUUUCCCAGGAGUGGCUGGAGGCCUUCAACAAUGACUUUGAGAGAAGUCCCCUACACAACUGCCUAGUAGCUUCAGAAGAGGGGGUUGUUCCUAUACCCUGGACCAAGAUAACCAGCCCAGAGUUUGUGAAUGACAAACCCCAAGCAAUGACUGUCCUCUCCCCAGCCUGGGGUUCUCUUCAAUUAGAGGCACUCGAUUUGAGUGGCUCUCAAGAGCUGCACCAGGCCAGGUCACCAGGCAGCCAGACCCUUUUUGGCCAGAGCUUGGCCAAGGGUAAGGGCAGGACACAUGGGAUUAAAUACCCCGGACUCAUCAAGGUGGAGCAAGCCAGGCCUGGGGAGGUGGCCUUCAGGAUGGACGAUGUGGCCAGGCAGGUCUUAGAGGGAGAUUAUGUGGCUCUCCUGGACUUUUCCCAAGAAAGCAGAGGAGAAUCUCCAAGUGGGAAGGUGGACACACCCCAUGGGUGUCCUCUUGGGGCACUGGAGGAGCUAUCUGGCACUAAAGAAAUCCCUUUCUCUCAAAAGAUGCUGCCUCUCUCAGGGGACAGUGAGGAACCUUCUCUGGAAAAGUGUGCUUGUGAAAAGAUGGCAAGCUUGGAGGAGGAGCCCUGCGCUUUGGGCUUGCGGAGAAAGGGCAACCAUAGAGCCCCCUCCCACAACUCAGAAGGCCAGCCCCAGGAACCCUACCUCAACGUCCUCGAGAGCCCACUACACUGUGCCUCUGGCCUCAGGACAGAUGCCUCAGAAGAGGCAGCUGCCUCCAAGACACAGGGACCCCUGGGAAACCCAGAGAAUAUGGAACAGCUCAGGCCUGGACCAGAACAAGCAGCCUCUCCCCGGCUAUGCCCAGCUUCUCCUCCUGCUGCUCCAGCCCUUGAAACCAAAAUGGGAGAGAGGACCAAAGAAGGGAACGGCAGAUUUCCCAAGCCUAGGACUGGCCCUAGUCGAAACACAUCCUCUUCCAGAUCCCCAACUCUUGGGCUCAAAUUCUCAUUCUUGAAGGGGCAGAGGCAAGCUCCCAGGCCCCCAGAGAAAGCCCCGCUCCAGCAUGAUGGGCCCCGGAAGGUCUUGUGUUCACUCUACUCUCCCAGACCCAACCGAGCCAAGUGCUUGGGGAAAGCUGGAACAACUCAGACAAAAACAUCUGGCUCAGCUGCUGACUCAGGCCCACUGACUGGAGAGAAGGCUGAUUUCCCAGAAGCUUCUACAGGCCCUCCAGAGAGAGGCCCCACUCUGGAUGAGGAGCCGCCAGGGCCCGAGCCCAGGAUUGGGGCUCUGAGUAUGGAGAUCGUCCACUCCAAGAUAGCGUGCCUGCCAGGCGGUCGGGACAGGGAGGGGCGGCCCCUGCUUCUGGUGUCAACCACCCAGGAGGCCUGGGAGACACCAUGGUGCACAGCCUCAGAGGUCACCAAGCUGCUUUCCUACCUGUGCGCUGUCCCCAGGCCAGAAGAUAAAACCAAGGGGCUCGUGUUGAUGAUUGAUGCCAGGAACCAGCCUCUACACCCUGGUCUGGUCAGUGCCCUCAAGGCCACCCAGGCUCUGGACCCAGCUCCCAUCAGUGCCAUACUCUUCCUGGGCGAGAAGGAGGCUGCUCUUCCACUGGAGACAUUACCUGACGGCCAGGUAGAGGUGCUGACCUCCAUAAAGACCCUCAGCCACCACGUGGACCCCAGCCAGCUGCCCACAGCCCUGGAAGGCUCCUUCACCUACUGCCACAGCGAGUGGGUGCAAUUCUUCCAGAAGUCGGAUCCUUUCCUUGCUGACCUCCGCCGGGCCUCCUCCUUGCUACAGGCGUCCAUCAAGGAGUUUGAGAAGGGUGACCUCCCUGGAGGGGCACAGGAGGCCUCCAGGUGUCUGAACAAGUCCAAAGAGCUGAUGGAGGCUGUGCUGAGGGACCCAGGUCUGCUGAGCCUGCAGCGGGAAGGCGGAGCCACCCUGGCCAGGCUGCAGCAGGAGGCCAGCAGGCUGGACUUCAACCCAGAUGUCAGGAGCCACCUGGCUGAAGCGGCUGCCCUCUAUAGUCUUGUGGAUGAGCAGCUGCAUGUCCUGGUCACCGCAUCUAAUCACCUCCUGGGGAGGCUGGAGCUCCGUGUCCGCAUGGGCCACCUGGAAACGGCCAUCCAGCAGGUCAGCGACUGGAUGGAGCAGGAAGGAAGCCGGUGCCUGCGAGCGCUAACCCCCAGGGACGGGAGCUUGGAGACAGUGAAGAGAGCCCACGUCGAAUUCGAGGACUUCUUCCUCCAGGCUGCAGCCCAGUACCGUCGAGGCUUGGAGCUGUCCAAGCAGGCGGCCCAGCUGGGAUCUUCAGCCGGAGGGGCCAGCAAUGCAGGGGGAACAGAGCUGCCGGAGCUGGCAGCCUUUGCGUCCACGCAGCGGACCUUCCAGGCUAAGCUGACCCACUUCUACAUGGCCGCUGAGCGGCAGCGCACAGACCUGGAGACGCUGCUCCAGCUGUACCACUUCUGCAAGAAGAUGACCUGGUUCCACAUGGACUGUCAGGACCUGAUGACCCAGCUCAGGCUGGGCAAGGAUCAAAAGGCCAGCAGUGGGGACCAGCGGCGCCUCCACCGCUACCUGCAGCGACUGUCGUCUGAGUUCCCUGCUGAGAAGCUCACAGCCAUGGGGCUGCAGGUGGCUUCCCUGAGCCAGGAUGGCCUGGGCCAGGACCUGUGGGAGGAGGCCCAGGUGAGACACGGGGAGAUCCAGACCCUCCUGAAGAAGGCAUUGGCCCAGUGUCCGUGCCCACUGGGCCCCACUGCCCACUUGGCACACCUGGAACUACAAGGAACAGCUGCCAAGGGCCAGGGUGUGAAUGGAGAAGUCGCCUCCAAGGGAAGGCAGGAACUGCCCUUCCAAGACUCCCUAGGCCUGGAUCGUUCACCAAAACCCCGUUGGCCUCCUUGGGCCCCAAGAUGGGGGCAGAACAGAAAUCUGCAGGCAGGCCCUCUGCCCCUGGACGCAGGCCAGGCCAUAGAGGUUGAAGAAGGCAAGGGCCCUCAGGAGCCCCUUGAUCCUGCCCCCGAGCGCUUUCUCACUACCCUCUUCUCCUGGCAGCGGCUCCCCAGGCAGAGGCAGAUCCCCCACCCCACCGGGGGCAGCUCGUCCUCCGAGGGGACAGAUUCACGGACCUCUCUGGAGGACUCGCCUCAGACAAGCCCCCCUGCCUCCCUCUAGCUGGGAGCCCCCACUACUGCACCAAGCUCCAGGGGUGCUGGGCUGGGACCAGCUGCGGAGGGACUGAACCCAUCACGAUGUGGCUCCUGAGCGCUCAGUGUGAGCAUGGCCUGCGCUAAGGGGCCAAGAACCGGCACCAGGGAACUCUGGGAAGACUGACCCUCGGGAGGUCAGGGCCGGGUGCAACAGAGUGUGGGGUUGGCUCCCUCACCCCAGUGCAAACCCUUCCAGAGGUCUCAGCCUUAGGCAGGCCACACGCCCAGCCGGAGUUCAGGGGUACACAGCUUCCCCUUGGGACACAAAGGGCAUCGCUGCCCUGGUGCAGAACCAUGAGCGAGAUUUGGGAGUGGCUUCUGGUCUUAGGGUCCCACUGAAACAGACCCUGAGGCUAGGAUCCAGGUGCACGUGUAGUUGGCUGUUCAUCCCCAGGACCACUGGGGGAGGAGCGGGAGGUGAGACUGGGAAAGGAAUAAAGGGGGUGUUGUCCAGCAAAUUACUGCAUGCUGUUCAUUGUGCCAUUGGCCUUGGCAAAGAGAAUCAGUCACCUGCUGGAGGUUAGUGUGGGGGAAGGGCAAAGGGAAGGAGAGUGGAGGGAGGGAAUGUCCUCUAUGUCUCUGCUCUCUCAUCUGGCUCCGCAACCCCAACCACCAUAGAUCCCAAAUUCAAGGAUCCCACAGCCUUAUCCUUGCACUUCAGAGAGCACCCUCAACCCCUGAUGUUCUGUCUUCUCCCCUCCCCACCAUGACUCCUCGGACGCUGCCCCCCCAGGCUUCACCUGCCUUUAGCACAGCCUCUGGUGCCCAGAGUCACCGGUUCUGCUGGUGGUAGGGGCUGGGACAAGGGUAGGGAGCCAUGUCUCCUUCAGCAGGUGGUGCUGGCAGAAAGAAAGGGGACAAUGGGCAGAGGCUUUUGCUCCUCUGAAGUUAGAGUGGCAGACAGCGAGCCUUUCACCCCGCCCAGAGUAAGCCCUGUAGCGCCCUCCCUGCACGUCAUUGCCCCAGGAGAGCAUGGACCCAGCCUCUGCCCUAGGGCGCAUUACCAGCGGGCCUCUGGCAGCCCAGCCCUGGAAUUUUCCUGGCUGUGGGAAGAGGGUGGGGUACCG